CACGUGAUACACAAUCACACACAGAUCAAAACACACUUGGGCUGAAUCGAGAUAUCGGGUGUUCUUCCUAAAUCUGUCACGAUUCUCGCCUGUAUUUGCAGACGGGCGUAUCUGAGAAGUCCCGGCAUGAUCGGUCAGAAGAAGAUCUCUUCGUUCUUCAGCCCUCAGCCGGCGAAGAAACGGCCGGCAGAUGGAGAAAACGGCGGGAACAGUCCAGACGGGAAGGUAACUCCUGUGAAAAAGCUGAAAGCAGACGACAGCCCAACAACCUCCCCUCCUGGCAACAAUGGACUGUCCCCGGAGCAGCGUGCUCGGAUGGAGGAGAAGCGGAAGGAGGCUCUGGGGAAGCUGGCGAACAAAAACUGUCCAGCUGACAUGGGAGAGACCUGGAGACGGGCGCUGGCUCAGCAGUUCAGCAAGCCGUACUGGCUCAAGUUGAUGUCCUUUGUCCAGUCAGAGCGAGCCAGUCGGACGGUGUACCCACCAGCCAAUCAGGUCUUCACCUGGACCCAGAUGUGUACCAUACAGGAGGUCAAAGUGGUCAUCCUGGGACAAGACCCAUACCAUGGACCUGGACAGGCACAUGGUCUGUGCUUCAGUGUGCAGCGACCUGUCCCACCACCACCGAGCUUGGUGAACAUGUACAAGGAACUACAGAAGGAUGUGGAAGGGUUUGAGAUACCAAACCAUGGAGACCUGACAGGCUGGGCAAAACAGGGGGUGUUGUUACUGAACGCUGUUCUGACAGUCCGCAAACAAGAGGCCAACUCUCACAAGGGCCAGGGUUGGGAGGAGUUCACUGACGCUGUAAUCACCUGGCUCAAUAAGAAUGGUGACGGGAUUGUCUUUAUGCUGUGGGGGGCAUAUGCACAGAAGAAAGGCAGCUUCAUUAACAAGAAGAAGCACCAUGUCCUGAAAGCCCCCCACCCCUCCCCCCUGUCAGCCCACAGAGGGUUUCUGGGCUGUGGACACUUCUCCAAGACCAAUGACCUUCUCAAGUCUGCUGGGAAGACUCCAAUCAACUGGUCCAAACUCAGCUGAGAUGUUGCAACAGUGCACUUCAGACAUGUCAGAGGCAGCUAUGCUAUGGCACCGAAAACAAGAAGUACCAAAUAAAAGUAUAGAUUUCCUAACAAAAUAGUUUGUAUCUUAGAUGUUAUUGUGGAAAAGACUUAUGUUAGAUGACAUUGUACAAAGCCAUACUUUUAGAUAUGCACUCCACUGUACUUUAGUAUGUAUGAAAACAAGAUAUUGUAGUUCACUAGGUGCUAGUUAAAAGUCUUUGGGAUGCUGAUGGUACAGGAUUGCAAAACAAGUGACAGUGAUUUUGCUUUAUUCUGCAAUACGUUGUUUAUAACAUGUCAAGUAAGUUUAUCUAAAAGUGUACCAGCUGUAAGAAACCAGCAUGUUGUGCUAUACUGUGCAUGAGGUGCAAUCAAUACUGUAAAAAGAGUAUUCCAUGUAGUUGUAGUGUCAUGCCAUAUCAUUCCUCAGUUAACAAGAUGGAUCAUUGAACAUGUGAUUUUAUCAUUUUUAGG